AUGAAGACACUGCUAGUUUUUGAUUUUGACCACACAAUUGUAAAUGAUAACAGCGACACAUGGAUUGUCCAGUGCGCCCCAGAUAAAACGCUCCCGAAUGUGUUGCAAAAUUCAUAUGAGAAGGGAAAAUGGACAGAGUAUAUGGGCAGGAUUUUCACCUACCUUGGAGAACAGGGUAUUCGAGAAGAUGACAUGAAAAGAAUUAUGAUUGCCAUACCAUAUACGCCAGGCAUGACUGAGCUUCUCCAUUUCAUUGGAGAGAACAAGGAUCACUUCGAUUGCAUCAUCAUCUCUGACUCAAAUACCAUCUUUAUUGACUGGAUUCUGACGCACGCAAAUGUUCACAACGUUUUCGAUCAAGUAUUUACCAACCCUGCAGCCUUUGAUCGGUUCGGGAACCUCACCGUCCAGAAUUUUCAUGUCCAUCACUGCUCAUCCUGCCCCAAGAACCUAUGUAAAAGGAAAGUAUUAGAAGAAUUUGUAGCCAAGCAGACCACCAAUGGGGCUCAAUAUUCUAAAAUAGUUUAUAUUGGCGAUGGCAGCAAUGAUCUUUGCCCGGUAACUUUCCUGAAGAAGGGAGAUAUUGCGAUGCCGCGGGAAGGUUAUUCACUGCAAAAGCGUAUUGCUAAGGAGAUCGAAAUAAUUGAUUCCUCCAUAAGUGUAUGGUCUACGGGCAAUGAAAUACUGGCUCAUCUGAAGCUACUGUUGGAGGAGUAA